GAGGCAUCAUCAUUGCAAUUGAUGGCCAAUGUGGAAUAACAAGAAAAACCAAACACUUAAUAAGCUGUGGUUAACAAUCUGUAGGAAAAUAAUAUAUUGAAGUUUUUUUUUUAUUGAAAUUAUUAUGAUUAUUACAAUUUUUUGUUCCUGGGUAGUGAAUAACACUUUCCAAUUACUCUUGAUGGAAAUGAUAAAAAAAAUAAUAAUAAAGAAUAAAAAAAAUAGCUAUUCAAAAUUAGCCCAGUUACAGAAAUUAAUAGAAAAUUCUGGAAUAUUCUAUCCAGAACAUUCCAAAUAAUCUAGAAAAAUCUAAAUUGCUCUAAAAACAUGCCACAAAGUUUUAGAAUAUUCCAGAAAAAGAGAGCUAGAUUUUCUCCAAAUUUCUUGUUUUUUUCCAAGAAUUUCCUUAAAUUUCUGGAUGAUUCUAGAAAAAAGGGUGGAAUCAGAAACAUUCCAGAGAGUUCUACCUCAUUUUUAAAGGUAGUACAUUUUCAAAGUUUCAUUGCAAUUCAAGAGGUUUUUUGGAAAGUGUAAUUGACCUCUUUUUCACAUGUUUAUAGAAAUAUAAGAAUUUGAGAAUCCCAUUGCCCAGGGUUCAAACUUUCAUGGCUAAGAUGGGUUUUUUCUCUUUAUUUGAGUUACAAAGAAUGGGGGAAAUAACACUUAUUUCCCAGGAACAAGAAAAAAGUAAAAAUUUGUGACAAACUUAGUGUUUUUUUCCAAUAACAGUAACUCUGUUUGUCUUCGGCUGCAUUACAUCACUUCAGCGUUGAUUAUUUUCCUAUAACAGCGCAUCCCUUUGUGCUCUUCGGGGUCAGUAAUGAUGUUUGUGCCAUUCAGGUCAUAUUCUGUAAUAUGACAUUCCUCUUAGCGUUGUCAAAUUCUGCUCCUUCCAACAGCAUGAUGCAAAAAGCCUCCUUUCUGAUUCCUCAGCGAUCUUGUUUUGAUGCUCUGUGCCCGCUUUCUUCAUCUACACAGACAGAAUCAGCACCCAACAUGGUCUUGUAGCCCACUCUAGACACAAAGUCUGAUGAGUAAAGCAUUCAAAGGACAUUCAGCACACCAGUGUAGAAUUUGGGUGUGAUUUGCCCGGUUUGUUUUCUUGCAUGACCAUCACCAUUCUCUAUUGUCUACUGCCUUAUUUAUACACACCUUACUCACAUGCCAUACGUAUAUGUGUGGGGAGGUGUGUAAGUGUGUAUAUGUGAGGUGGGUGUUUAAGCUUCUGACUGAACUGGGAAUUUAGUGUAUAGAUAACCAUGAAUGCUAUUUAUUUGUCCUUUGCAAUACCUUUAUAAUGCAGGAGUCUUGAAGAUUCAGAAAUUAAUCACCAACAGUGUGUUGAACAUCAUUUCUAUUUCUAUCCAGUCUUUUAGUCCCAUUAUACCACAGCAAUUUACUAACAAAAUGUAUUAUUAAAGAAUGACGGUAUGGAAACAUUUCACCCAUUUAUUGUUACGUUUAAGUUGGGAAAUGAAACAAGUUAGUUCCUAUAAUGCUCGUGCUCUAGCAACUAUAAACAGUUGUUUUCUCAUCAGCCUCUAUAGUUUCCUCUUUCUUCUUAAUAAGAAAGAAAAAUGCAGCCUGUAAUAUUCCUUCGAAACCACAAAAACCACCCGUGCCAGAUAACCCAAGAGAACAGCCUUCCCUCUGAUUAUUACAAAACUCUAUCACUAGUGACUCUUUUCAAAACAUUUCCUUACAAAUAACUUCAACAUGCCAAUUAUACUCAUUUUUAGGAAACAUUUUAUGUGGAGCGUUCGCCACGCUAACAGACUAGUAUGAGAUCACUUUGAAAGGCAUUAGAAAACCAGCAAACACAUUUUAAAUACAGGUCACCUAUUCACCCAUGUUAUAUUUAUCUAUAUCUGCAUCAGUUAUGUAGAAAAUACAAUUAACAAAGUUUACAACUGAUUACAAAAUGAUCAUGAAGCAACUAUGGUUCUGAGCAGCAUGUUUUGUUUAAAGUCAUUGAUCCCAUUUCAGUGGAUGUUUGGGACUCAGUGAAAAUCUCUUACCUUUCCCUCCUGAUACCAGAGCUGUUUGGAUAUACAGUGUUGCAUUUUCGAUAAAUGCUUCACUUUUAACUGGCACUUUUAUAAAUGCUCGCUGAUCUAAAAGUAUUAAAAUGAGUUGUGACUUACUGCAAUAGUGCCUCAGGUGAUGCUGCUGCCUCUCAGCUCCCCAGCUGUGUCUGUGUGGAUUCUCUGGUUUCCUUUCACAACAUGCCUGUAGGUGGACUGACUACACUAAAUUGCCCUCGGGUUCGAGUCAGUGUGUGAAUGUGUGGUGCUCUUUAAUGGACCGGUGUUCCAAUCAGGAUAUAUAUUUCCACGUCACACCUAGUGUUCCUGGGAUAGGCUCUGAUCCACUGUGACUCUGAUCAGGAUAAAAUGUGUACGGAAGAUGAAUAAAAGAAUUACAGCAGUGCGUUGGGUAUGUCUUAAUACAUUUGUGUCUUUGUGCAUAUGAGAUAAUCUGACUAAUUGGGGAAAUGUGCAAUAAAUCAGUGAUGCUGGCUCAAAGUCCACCAUAGGCAGCCAUCUUUAUUAAUUUCUUCAUCAAUGUGUCUAGUCCACUUAUAACUUAAGUGAGUUUUACAAGCUCUACAAGCUCUCUUGUGAAUGUGUUAAUCAGUGAAAAUAUAACUCUAGGGACGCUUUAUUCUGUGUUAUUCAGUGGCCUAUAUUGCAUUUGAAGAAGAUUCAGUAUUAUUGAAUUCACUGUAUUUAUACAAUUGCUAAAGCAUUCAAGAACAAUAUCAUUUGUCAUGAAAAAGUUCAUCAGUUCAUCUCCCUGUGCCUAAUUUCUAUUUUUAUUUCCACACAUUACCAAACACUGAGGCUAGUCUGUAUUGUUAGAGACACACCCAAAAUGACGUUGCCUCUAAAUUCGUCAUCAUCACUAUCAUCAUCAUUUAGACACCUGCAAGUGUGCUGUAUUUGGUCUCUAGUGUAAUACAGUUAUUAUUCAUAUCACUUGGGUCAUAAAACUGUCAGCGAGGGCAAAGUGCAGCCUUCCCUGAUAAAACGCUGUGAUAAAACACUGUAUAAUCCAUAUGGUUAUAUGAGCCUCGGGAACGAGCAAGAAAGAACUUGAACACGAGAGGACACAUUCAGAUACACAAAACCAGGACCACGCAAUUUGAUUGGUCCAUCAUGUGGGCAUGGGCACUACUUCCUGUUAUCCUAGCAGUGUUUGGCAUGCUAGGCAUUUGGACUGUGUUUGGUUUAGCUGUGUCUAAUGAGACAGUGAAUCUGACAGCCGAGUUCCCGUACAUCAGCACGUGUGGAACAUAUAACCCUCAGAGCUGUCUCUUCUCCCAGAUAUGCAACAUCUGCUCUGUGCUAGCUCUGUGGAUUGUGAUAAUAAGGUUCCAGCAGGUGAGGGAUUUGAAUUGUGCAUCAGGUGUAAACACAGCCAGUCUGAUCCUGGGGUUCAUUUCAUCAGUAGGAAUCUCCAUCCUGGGAAACUUCCAGCAAUCAGUGGUGAUGGGUGCUCACUUGUUGGGUGCCUUCCUGGCGUUUUUUCUGGGUCUGGCAUACUUCUGGGUUCAGGUGUGGCUUACUUACCGUGCAAAACCAUCACGUGACGUGAAGUGGGCGGGGCCUGCACGGAUCAUUUUCUGCAGUCUUUGCACGUGCUUGGUUGUUGCCAUGUCUGUGCUCCAUAACACAGGCUACAGAUCUGCAGCUGCCAUAUGUGAGUGGGCUUUGGUGACAUGCUUCUUCAUGCUAUUCGGCAUUUUCUCUGCAGAGUUUCGCCACAUUGACUGCCAUGAACUACAUGUGCAAAAGCAAGUUCAGCAAAUUUAACCCUGAGUUUCCAACACAGGAAAGUAACAUGGUGACACUGACAGGACAGUUAACCAACACACAGACACCUGUUACCAUGUGAGAGUGUAACCCACUGUAUGGAUGUAAAGCUUUAUUAUAUUGUAUGUUAUGGGUUUAAGCUGCUAAUACAGACCUAAUGUUUUAGGAUAAGAGAACUUUUAGUGGUCUUAUCGAAUGUAUCACGUUUUACUAAAAAUGUCUAAUUUAUAAACCAACCCAUUUAUAUUGACAUUGGUAUGUUCAUAUC